CAGAUCCUCACCACGGUGCUUGGCAGCCCCAGACCCAGAGCAGAUAACAAUAGCCUUCACGGUGUCCAUGGUGGUUGGACUGGUGAUUGGAGGAAUCAUCUGGGCUCUCUUCACUUGCUUGUCCCGCCGCAGAGCUAGUGCCCACAUUUCCCAGGGGAGCCCCUCAGCCUUCAGCCGUCGGUCCAGACCCUCCUCCCAUGGCCACACUACUGGCAGGACUGGGUUUUACCGCAACAGCAGCUGUGAACGUCGGAGCAACCUCAGCCUGGCCAGCCUCACCUUCCAGCGGCAAGCCUCCUUGGAGCAAGCCAACUCUUUCCCCAGGAAGUCAAGCUUCCGUGCGUCCACCUUCCACCCUUUCCUGCAGUGUCCUCCCCUCCCCGUGGAGACGAACAGUCAGCUGAUCACCCUCACUCCCACAAAUACCACCACGACCCUCGUGGGAAGCACCACCAACAGCUUAAGCCGGCCUGAAUUCCACUGGUCUAACAACAGCCUCCGCAUCUGCCACUCCACACAAACCCCUCCUCCCGCCUAUGAAACCAUCAUAAAAGCUUUCCCAGACUCCUGAGCUAGGUUCUUGCUGCAAACACGCACUUGCAUUUUAGGAGGAACCUCAUUCACCUCAACAAUUUUCUGUGCGUGAUGAAGAUCUCUGAGAAGUCUCCAGCUGCUGUUGUGGAGGGGACAC